AUGAGUGCACCUGAAAAUCAUUGCCGCUUCCACCAGGACGUGGACAAAUUCUUUGAUGAGCUUCGCGAACGAACACUGAGGGAUCACCCUGAAAACAUCUGUGAAUAUGUGGUGGAAGCUGCCAAGAAGGUCGCUUCGGACCUGAAGGAGAAGUCCUGUGAACGCAUCCCCGAUGCCGUAUCACCGGCGUUGAACAGUCGGGCCCUCACCAUUGUUGUUCUUGGGGCAAGUGGGGACCUGGCCAAAAAGAAGACAUUUCCAGCGCUUUUUCUGUUGUACUGCAGUGGUGUGCUGCCUCAGCACGUCAAUAUUCUCGGCUAUGCUCGUUCCAAGUUUGAAGAUGUGGAGGAGUGGAAAAGGAAACUGCUUGCAAGUUGCUUUUUGCAGUCAGAGGAAUAUGGAUGUCACGCGGAUGCCUUUUUGAAGCGAAUCAGUUACAUGUCUGGCUCCUACGACCGCGCUGAAGACUUUGCGCGUCUGAAUGAAAGGAUUUGUCGGAUGGAGCAGUCCUUCAAGGGAUCGGAGCAGGGAGGAAACCGUCUCUUCUACCUUGCUUUGCCACCCUCCGUUUUUGUAGAGGCGUGCAAGGGUCUUCGUCAGGGGGUGAUGCAAAAGCCAGGUCAGGGCUGGGUGCGUCUCAUCGUUGAGAAGCCGUUUGGAAGAGACACGGAGACCUCUGAGCAGCUCUCGAAGCAGCUUGAGCCGCUUUUUGACGAAAGUCAGUUAUUCCGCAUUGACCACUACCUGGGGAAGGAGAUGGUUCAAAAUAUUAUUGUAACUCGUUUUGCCAACCGCGUUUUCAGCGCGCUGUGGAAUAGUAACAACAUUGCGUGCGUUCGAAUUAACUUCAAGGAGACCAUUGGAACGACGGGUCGUGGGGGGUACUUUGACAGCAUUGGGAUUAUUCGUGAUGUGGUGCAAAACCACCUCACGCAGAUUCUUUCGUUGCUUGCAAUGGAAAAGCCGCGCUCUCUCAGCGCCGAGGACAUCCGUGAUGAAAAGGUGCAUGUUCUCAGACAGGUGGAACCCGUGACCCCAGAGAACUGUGUGUUGGGCCAGUACACGGCGUCUGCGGAUGGCUCCAUGCCUGGCUACCUUGAUGACCCCACCGUGCCGAAAGAGAGCCGCUGCCCCACUUUUGCCGUGAUGCGGCUGUACAUCAACAAUGACAGAUGGCACGGUGUUCCUUUUAUUAUUAAGGCUGGAAAGGCCCUCGAGGAGCGGAUGCUUGGCAUUCGUGUUCAAUUCAAAGACGAAAUACGUCCCUUCGGCGAAACCACACAGCGCAACGAACUUUUUGUGCGUGCGCAGCCCUCAGAAGCGAUAUAUUUGAGACUCACUGCAAAAACACCGGGAUUGCUGCGUAAUACGCAUCAGACGGAGCUUGACCUUAACUACGAGCGUCGCUACGACAUCAGGCUCCCUGAUGCGUAUGAAAGUCUUCUUCACGAAGCCCUCCUCGGGAGUUCCACGAACUUUGUUCGUAAAGACGAGCUGGACGCUGCGUGGAGAAUCUACACGCCACUGCUUCACGCCAUUGAUUGUGGCGAGGUUAAGGUUCUGCCGUACAUGGCGGGCUCUCGUGGGCCAGCCGAGGCCGAGGAGUUCGUUACCAACUCCGGAUAUAAGUUGGCAAAGGUCUACCAAUGUAAUUGUUUUACGACCACGUCGAGUUCCUUGUGA